AUGGCAUUGUCUGCACCAGGAGCACGAGGAGCUCAUCGGUCCUGCAGGAGCACGGUGUCAGCCGUACGGCACGAGGGCGGCGGAGAGCGCCCCUCGCAGGCUGGGCAGAUGGUGACCCCCUCCAUCGCAGAGCUGAGCAGCGUGCGCACCAACAUCCUGUGCACGGUGGAGGGGUGCGCCAAGGUACUGCCCAACAGCCCAGCCCUCAGGAUGCAUCUGGUCAAGUCACAUGGCCUCAAGGAAGGGCUUGUUAACGCCACACUCGGCAAGGAUGGGGGAGCAUCCCGGAAACGUUACUGUUGUCCGGUGGAGGGCUGUCCAAGAGGAUCAGACCGACCUUUCUCCCAGUUCUCCUUAGUGAAACAGCACUUCAUGAAGAUGCACGUGGAGAAGAAACACAGAUGUACCAAGUGCGGCAACUGCUACAGCACCGAAGGCGACUUGAAGAGACAUAGUAAUGACUGUGGGAAGGUGUACCGCUGCGACUGUGGUUGUCCGUAUGCCAGCAGAGCAGCGCUGCUGUCUCACAGUUACAGGACAGGCCACGAGGUCCCUGUGGAGCUCAGAUGCUUACCUGUGAAGAAAAGAAAAAUGGAAGGAUCACCUAGCGGUUCACAUAUUGCACCCAGAAAGGAAAAUUAUUCGAUGAAUGUGGAGAAGGACUGUUGUGAAAAGACUGUUUCAGGGGAUGAGUUGAGGAGCUCCGAUUUGGGGAGGUGGAAUCAGACAUCUAGUCUAACGAAGAACCUUCACAAGUUGCUGCUUCCAAAGCCAGACUUCGCCUUGAUAAACAUCCCUAUGAUGCAGUUUGCACAAGUGCCAGUUCUCUUCGCUCUCCCAGAAAACCGGAUCCCGCAGCCCACGGUGACAGGCCCGAACCAUCAUGGCUCUUUAGCUUUUGGGGUUCAACUUUUCCCUCAACCCAUGGGGACUGUGCCAGCUGUACUGGGCAUGAAGACCAAAGAUGCUGGAGACAUCACGUCCUCCAAGUCAGAUCUUCAUUCUCUCAGUUUCAAUCUACAGGUGAGCGUAGAGGGCAGCGCUCCCAACUCAUCCUUUACAUGUGACGUGGGACCAAGGAGUAGAAGUACCACUGGCAACUCCCAGAUGGGUAUGUUUGUCUUUGAGGGUCUCUGGCCCACAUCGUCAAGUGAGCUCUCGGUGUCGUCCUCUUCCCACACGGAUAUUGGCAUCAGCACACCGGUUCUCCUGCCCAUCGGUGUAAACAGCCAGACUUUCUUCUCUGAGUCUAAAACCGUGUGUUCGACUGCUGUGCAGACAGACGCGUCAUGCCACUGGUACUUCUCCUCCUGCAGUGUCAGCAGGGAAACCAAGACAGAUGUCAGUGUUGGUGUCUCUGAAGGGGAAACAGAAAUGGACACGUUUUUAGGUAAGGAUUUCCUCAGCGUCUCAACACAAACCAGCUUUGAGGAGAAACUGCUGGAGCCGGUCCCAGUAGAAGACGUCCCCAGCAACAGUGGUCUCAACUGCAGCAAGUCUUUGGAGAUGAUGGGCUUCAGAGCCCAGAAUGGUGGGAUCCACCCAAGCUUGCUGGCUGACAGUGAGGCUCAGAGCAUGACGGUAUUCAGUGAGUUGGAAAACAUCCUGUGUGAGAACGUCGCAGGUAGCGCACUCGAAACGCACAGCAUCCUCCCAGAUGCCCCGGUGAGUUCUGAUGCAGGAAGGAACACGGCAAUAGAGUUUGACAUUGAGGAGUUCUUCAGUUGUGCCACUAUUCAGACUCACACAGACACAAAUGACCUGUGCCCCCUGAUUUUGGACAUCCCUUUAGAAUCACUCAACACUGAAACACAGACCGACGGUCUUUUCCCGGAGAGUCCGUCACAGACCUUGAGCAGCAAGGCUCAUUCAGAUCCCCUUGGCCUGGAGACGUUUGACACGCAGACACAAACAGACCUAAAUUUUCUUUUAGACAUUAAUAAUCACUCAAGUCUCUUUCUCAAAGAGACCGGUUUCUCUGUGAGUACAGAGACCUUUGACAGUGAGACGCAGACUGAUGCUGCUCUCUCCUCUCAACCCAGAGCUCCCGUGAGCCCCUUCCACCUCAGUAACACACACAUGCAGACUGCAGCCAGCUCCGCUGAUGGUCCACCAGCUCCUCUGGACUGUCCUCACCAGCUCCACUGCUUCCUCACCAGCAGUUAGAUGAAAACGAUGUCGGAUAACCUGGCUUGGAUCACCAUGCAACCUCAGAUGUGAGGACAUCUUCUCUCUUCCACACUUUUCUGAAAGAAUGAAUCCACAUGUGGGAAUCAACUCUAAGAGGUUGAUUCUCCACAAAAAUAUAAUUAUCCGUGUGAUAUUCUUAUUGUUGUUGAUUUACAGAUGGAGAUAUUUUGUCAGCCAGUAUUUUGGUAUAUCCACCGGCAUUCAUGGUACCAUCUAUAAAUGUCAUCUCCCCAACAUCUUUUGUACUCGCGCAUCCCCAUAUCAUCACACUGCCAAGGACUAUGCAUUCACUGUGGUAGUCCUGGCCAGGUUCGCACUAAACAUCCUGGGCCACAUCUGAGCGGAGCAAAUUUACGUUGGUCUCAUCUGACCAAAGAAUGUUUUCCCAAUAUUCAUCAGGCUUCUUCUCAUGUUCUUUAGCAAAGUUUAAUUUUGCAGUUUUGUGCUGAAGAUCAAGCCUGGGUUUUUUUUUCUUGGACCCCAUCCACAGAGGUUGGCGUUAUGCAAUGUCCUUCGCACCGUCUGAGCUGUCACAGAAUCUCUGAUUUCCAUUGAAAACCCCUGUGCCAAGUCUGAAGCACUUGUCUGUUUUUCAGAGCUAGAUUGUGCAAGUAGCGCACUGUCCGUGGCGUCAUUUUAGGAGGACAGCCGCUGCGGCUCUGAUUA